UUUCAAUUCUCAUCACCUACGCUUUCAAGUUUCAGCGACAAAAAAAGAGGGAAAAUAGGCAAAUUGUUGAGCUCACUCAAACAACUCUUCAACAAUGGCGAUGGCAUUCAAGAUGGCUACGACCGGGAUGUGGGUCGCCGAUGAGUGCAAGAACUCAUUCAUGGAGAUGAAAUGGAAGAAAGUGCAUCGGUACAUAGUGUUCAAGAUCGAUGAAAAAUCGCGGCUGGUGACCGUGGAUAAGGUCGGCAGCCCCGGUGAGAGCUACGAUGAUUUUGCCGCAUCGUUGCCCACCGACGAUUGCCGGUAUGCCGUGUUCGAUUUCGAUUUCGUCACCGUUGAUAAUUGCCGGAAAAGCAAGAUCUUCUUUAUCGCAUGGUCCCCAACAGCAUCAAGAAUAAGGGCAAAAAUGCUGUACGCAACAUCAAAAGACGGGCUGAGGAGAGUGCUUGAUGGCAUCCACUAUGAAGUCCAAGCAACGGAUCCGACCGAGAUGGGGAUGGAUGUGAUUAAGCACAAAGCUUAUUAGGAGACUCGUUGUUGCUGUAAAAAUCAUGUUUAUGGCCCUCUUACUUUAUUUCCUUUUCAUUUUAAUCACUCCUACAUGUGCUUUUCUCUUUCCUUUAUAUGAUAGAUUUUUAACACUUGUCUAAUCUCAUCUUCUAAAUUGUAAUAAUACUUCUAUGGUCCAUGUGUACUGAUUUGAGGAUAAAGUAUGCAUCACCUCUACCUUUUUCA